AUGAAGGCUGCAAACAAAAUCCACAAUCACAUCAGAUGGACUUUAGGGGAUGUGAAAUUAGUUUCUGGGAAGACAUUUGGUGGGGAGACACAUCGUUCAGUGAAAUGGGUGCCGAGUGAUGCGGUUGAGGAAAUUCUCAAAGUGCCAAUUGAUUCAAGUGGUAAGGAUACACUUCGGUGGAUCCACUCUCCCCAUGGGAACUUCUCCACAAGUUCAGCAUGGGAGAUUUCGAAGGCCACCCUACAAGUCCUCAAGCUGAUUUGGAAUGACUGCAUCUUGCCGUCAAUCUCCAUUUUCAACUGGAGACUUCUAGCAAACCAUGCUGUAAGGCACCGGAGGUGGAGACAAGAGAACAUCUUUUCCUCUAAGGAGAAGUGGCAAGACAGGCGAAUCAAGUUCUGGAAUACUUGGCUACAACGAUCAGAAAAACCACAAGUAAGCUCCAUCAUCCCCUGCCUGGUUCUCUGGUUUAUAUGGUCGGAGAGAAACAACAAGAUCCACCGUGGGUCUACCUUCACAGCUAAAACGGUGAUAGUUAGAAUCCAGCAAUAUUUGCAGCAGCUCACCACGGCCGGAAAGCUGGGGAAAGCACAAUGGAGUGGCUGUGAUCUUUGCGAACAAUUGGAUACCACCUCUUGGAAAGAGAAGCCAGGAAAACAAAUCAAACAGAUCAAGUGGAAUCCUCCUGAUACAGGUUGGCUCAAACUCAAUGUGGAUGGAGUGUGGAGCCAUGUGGGCGCAGGGGCAGGAGGCACAUUACGCGACGAAGGAGGUAAUCUUGUCUACGGAUUCAAAACAAAGGUCGUGGCAAGCUCCCGGAUUGAUGCAAUUUUACAAGCGGUCUGCAUUGGGCUAAAUAUGGCGCUGGGAAGAGGCCAACAAGUUUGGAUUGAAAUGGGGGAGCAGGGUAUCGCUCAAAUGCUCAAUGAGAGGAAGUAUGGCGCGGCUACGCUGCGGCAUCAACUCACAGAAAUCAGAAACAAGCUUAGGGGGAUGAAUACGAAAACCUCAUAUAUUGCAAAAGAAGGGAACAAAGUGGCAACGCACCUAGCUCAACAAGGGUGCAACAUGGCACAACUCGAAUUCUUCGACCAACAGUCAGCCACGCGUAUGGUGCUGGCAAUGAUCCGGAUGGAACAAUUGGGGCUACCGAACUUUCAAUUUUGUACAUAG